AACGUGGGUGCCGAAGACGAUGAUGAUAUGGAAAAUGAGGAAGGAGAGGAUGUGGAAGGGAGUGGAGAAGCGGAACAGAGGGAAGAAGGGACUGCUCUCAUCACCUCUACGAAGCUUCCUGGUAUCCCUCCACCAUCCAUUUUCGAUGCCCUUUUUGCUGAAUCAGGGAAGACUCAAAAUACGAUGGAAACUAUCGAGAAAAAUGAGGCUCCACGGGAAAUCGGCCAAACGGCACCCGCUCCUUCCAACACCCCGGCAGUUGGUGACUCAGGUGGUUCCUCGAUGGAUCUCUUCAAAUCUAUUUUCGCCUCAGAUGAAGAAAUUGAGGAUGUAGAUGAUGCUGAAAAUGAGGAUAUGCCGCCACCACCUUCGUCUCCAGAGGUUCUAUCUUCGAUGACGUCCUUAGCUCACGAUAAAGACAACACCGACGGCAACACUGCUUAUAAAGAUGAUGCUGUUAGAGAGGCGCCCAUUUCUCCGCCUCAUCCUGAACCAGCUCUUCCUGACUUGUCUGUGCAUAAGCUAUUCAAGCAUCUGUUCAACCCUGAACUAGAUAGUGGUAGGUGGUGGUCGCUUUACUUCAAACUUUAA